AUGCCACGACAAGUCCUUCGGCGGCUGGUAGCUGCCGCCCUGUCCGCCACGUCGGCGGCGCAGUCAUGGCCCAACGGGCCGUUUGUCACGGAGGGAUCGUCGAUUCGCGACGCGAGCGGCAACCCAGUCACGUACGCUGGUGUAAAUUGGCCGGGAGCCGCCGAGACCAUGGUCCCGGAAGGCUUGCAGUACCAGUCCAUCGAAACCAUCGUGUCCAAGAUCAAGAGCUUGGGCAUGAACUCGAUACGGCUGACGUACGCUACCGAGUUGAUCGAUCAGAUCUACACGAACAACAUGACGGACGUUCCGAUCCAGCAGUCAUUCAUCAACGCCUUAGGCCAGGACAACGGCACCGAUAUCUUCAACAAAGUGACUGCCAAGAAUCCGUCAUUCAGCUCCAAUACAACAAGACUCCAGGUCUACGACGCCAUUGCGGAGGAAUGCGCUCGGCAGAACAUCUACGUCCACCUGGACAACCAUGUCUCAAUGGCAUCGUGGUGCUGUACCCCGUUUGAUGGAAACGCUUGGUGGGGCGACACCUUUUUCUCUCCUACAAACUGGACCCGAGGUCUUGCCUACAUGGCUGAGCAUGGUAGAAACUGGCCAAAUCUGAUGUCCAUGUCUCUAUAUAAUGAGCUGCGCCCUCCCUUCUCCAGUCCUGAACCGCCAACUGCUGAGAAUUACACUUGGGAAGUUUGGUACGACCAGGUAAAAAAGGGCUCAAAAGCGAUCAACUCUGCUAACCCAGACGUGCUUGUUUUUCUCUCGGGAGUCAACGGGGGCGUCGACCUGUCCACGGUCGUCAACGGUGAAGCCUUCGAGCCAAGCAACCAGACAUUCAACAGGUCCGACUUCGCCGGCUACGAGAACAAGCUGGUCCUGGAGCUGCACAGCUACAACAUCAUCUUCUCAGUGGACAACUGCCCCCUCUACAACGAGAACCUCUUCGACGCGGGGUACUCCGCGGUAAGAGACAACGCGACAAACAGGUUCCCCGUGAUGAUGACCGAGUUCGGUUUCACCAACGACGCCACGACGUGGCAGAACGACACGUACGCCCAGUGCGUGCAGGCGUUCCUCAAGGACCAGGUGCCGGACCAGGGGUGGAUGAUCUGGGUGAUAUCGGGCAGCUACUACGUCAGGCAGGGGAGGCAGGACGCCGACGAGACGUGGGGGCUGCUGAACCACGACUGGUCGGACUGGAGGUCGCCCGAGUUCAUCGACGGCGGCCUCAAGCCCCUGAUCUCGACAACGCUGUCGGCUGUCAACUCUUCGGCGCCUUCCGAUGGGACGAACGGCUCGGCGAGCGCCCCGGGCUCUGACAUGCGCGAGUCGUACAUCUGGACAACCUUUGGGGAGAUCCGCUGA